AAGGGUUUCGAGUAAGACACAUUUUUUGCAGGUUAGGCUUAGCCCAGCAAACUCAAGGCCACACUCUAUUCCCUUCUCUUAUCUUCUUCUCUCUUCUGAAAGAACCAAACCUUUUCACUCUCAUAAAACAAAACCCUUGAUUAAUUUUUUAAGCUCACUUCUUUUAUUGUUUAAGCUGGAUCUCAAUCUCAGUUAGAUCUUCUCUUGGGUGGCCAGUGAAAUAUUACACACACACAGAUAUAUAUAUAUAUAAAGGAGAUGGAUUUUGAGGAACAUGAAGAGCAAGAGGAAGAUAUGGGUGUGGACGUUCCACUUCCACCAGGAUACGAAUCGCUCCGUAACUCGUCAGCUGCUGGGUUGAAGAUAGGACCCAUCAGCGGCGGCGGAGAAGGUGGGGCGUCGUCGAGAAAAGUGGGGUCCGGUAUCAGGUACCGUGAGUGUCUCAAGAACCAUGCGGUGAGUAUCGGAGGGCACGCGGUGGAUGGAUGCGGCGAGUUCAUAGCGGUGGGUGAUGAGGGGACCCUUGACGCCUUAAAAUGCGCUGCUUGUAACUGUCACAGGAAUUUCCACCGUAAAGAAACUGAAGGUGAAGGCAGUAAUAUUUAUUAUCCUCACCACCAUCAACAGAUUCAACACCCCCAAUUCUCGCCCUAUUAUAGGGCGCCGCCACCGGCCGGGUAUCUCCAUGUGACGCAAACGCCGCUGCAAAGGCCCUUGGCCUUGCCGGAAACGUCCGGAGGUGGUAUUGCCGGUGCCUACAUUAGAGAAUAUGAAGAUUUUUCGAAUCCUAGUAGUAGUGGCGGUGGAGGUGGAGGCAUUAGGGGAUUAAAGAAGAGAUUUAGAACAAAAUUUACGCCGGAACAAAAAGAUAAGAUGCUUAGUUUAGCUGAGAGGCUCGGGUGGAGGAUUCAAAAGCACGAUGAAGCUGCAGUGGAGCAAUUUUGUGAAGAAACUGGAGUGAAAAGGCAAGUUCUUAAAGUCUGGAUGCAUAACAACAAGUACACUAUCGGUAAGAAACCCUAAUUUCCAACAACAAAAAGGCUUCAAUAAUGUUACUUGGGAAGGGGAAAAACAUCAAAGAAGCAUACGAUAAUGGGAAUUUGGUAGGGAUUGAACUAGGGUUCUUGCCAUUCUUCUUCUUCUUUGUUUUUGAAUUAGUUUCCGUUACUAUUAUCAGUGGUGAUCAGUGUAGGAUGAUGAUGAUCUGAAGUUUCCGAUGAGUACAUUGUUGCUA